GAAGAGCGGCGUGAUGCAGCUCCAGCAGGCUCUGUCCCGGCAUGCCACUGGGUAGUACUAGUAGCUCCCUUGAUCUAAUCUACUUGCAACUGCAACUUUAGUCUAAUCUACAAGUGUGCCCUAGUAAUAAUUCUAAUCGAAAAUAGAAAAGAUAUAUACUAGUGUGCCCAGUAUACAUCUACAAGUGUCCUGCCAGCUUAGCACUGAGUCUGAGUGAUCCAUCUACAUCUACAACUACAGAUCACGAAGCUUCCUUGCCCCUUUCUUAAGAAGCAGAUCCAACGAACAUCCGAUCGGCUUUGGCAUGUCACUGGUCAGUGUGUAGUGCCGUCCACUGGCCACUUCUCCUCCGUGCCUUUCUCCGCCGUUGAUUUCCUGCUUCGCCGCCCUCCUCGUCUCAGCGACAAGAUCGACUGGUCUCGGAAUUCGAAGCUGCGCCGCCACUCCUGCCCGUCCGGCAGUGCAGAUUGCAGAGUGCCAAAAGGAGAGGAUCAACUAAAGUAUGGCUGCAGGGCCAUUGGUGCUCUGGAACCACCGGUCGAUACAGAUCCUGGUCCUCCUCAGCCUGGGGCUCCAGCUCGUCCUCUUCGUCUUCGCCGGGAUCCGCCGGCGUCAAAACCUCCCGGUGCGGAGGUUCCUCCUCUGGCUAGCGUACCUCAUGGCCGACUCCACGGCCGUGUACGCCCUCGGCCACCUGUCCUUCAGCAGCACCGUGCGCGGGCACCAGCUCGUCGCGUUCUGGGCGCCGUUCCUGCUGCUGCACCUCGGCGGCCCGGACAACAUCACCGCCUAUGCGCUCCAGGACAACCAGCUCUGGCUCCGCCACCUCACCGUCCUCGUCGUGCAGGUCCUCGGGGCGGGCUAUGUCCUCAAAAAGCACAUCGCCGUCGCUGGCGGACAUGACGGGAACUUUCUCCUGGUCGCCUCCAUCCUGAUGUUCACCGUCGGCUUGGUAAAGUACGGGGAGAGGACGUGGUCGCUCAGGUGCAGCACCAUGGAGAGCAUCGGCGCCUCCUUGAAGAUGAAGCGCCCGGCCAUCCACAAGCAUUACCACCCGCAGGACGGAGCCACGGAAGAGGAGUUCCACCUGCGACGAGCCCACUCGCUCUUCCACGUCUGCAAGCGCACCAUGGUCGAUUCCUCGGUGGUCGAGGAGGACUCCAUGGACAGCCUAGACUCCACGGACGGCCUAGAAGAGUACACCAGCAAGCUUAUACAAGGCGUCGAGCUGUGGACGCUGAUGGAGAUUGAGCUCUCCCUCAUGUACGACGUCCUCUACACCAAGGCGGCCGUGGUCCACACCUUCCCCGGCUACCUAAUCCGCGUCCUCUCGCCGCUUACCGUCGCCACCUCCUUGCUCCUGUUCCGGUUCACCGCCAAGGACGACCACACCAGAUCCGACGUCGCCAUCACCUACGUCCUGCUGGGUGGCGCCGUGUUCAUGGAGACGACGUCGCUCCUGAACGCGUUGGCAUCGUCCUGGACCUUCGCGUUCCUGAGCACCACCAGCUGGAGCUGGCUCCGGUACACCACCCUCUGCAACGAGAGAUGGGACAAGCUACGCCGCGUCAUCGUGCGGCUUCACGAUCUUGUCAAGGGAAGAGUUGCCGGUAAUAGUAGGUACAAGUCAAGAAGGUGGUCAUACACCAUCGGGCAGUACAACUUGCUGCACUUCUGCACGCGCCCCGCCGACACGCCGCUCACCAGCCCCCUGCUCGGGAGGCUGGCCAGGGCGCUGAAACUCGACGAGUGGUGGAACAGGAAGCACUACUCGGCGACCGUUGAGAUGACGGAUGUGAUCAGGCGUCAUAUAGCUGUGUACAUGAGCCAGCUGUACAGCAAGGGGAGGUUCAACACUGACAUGCUGGGGAAGAAGUGGGGUGAGUACCCACUAGACCGCCGCGGUCUUUACCGUGGCGUCCUCAAGGACUCCCUCGGCGUAGAGUUCCAAGAGGGCAUCAUCAUCUGGCACAUCGCCACCGAGGUCUUCCUCACCAAGAGCGAGAAGGCCAAGGCCAUCGACGCCACGCCUAUCGUGCAUGCCAUUAGGGUGAUGUCGGACUACCUCAUGUUCCUCCUGGUGGAACGUCCCUACAUGCUGCCGGGCCAGCCCCAGAAAAGGUUGUACCAACGGACCUGCGAGAGGCUGGUCACCAUGCGAUCCGCUGAUCCUAGGUACCCGAGCCGUGCACGCGUCGUCAAGGAUUUGUUUCGGAUGAGCGAUGCCCCACACUCUAGCAUUUCUAGGGUUGCUGAGAGGGAGGAGCUCGCCAACAACUUGUAUGAUGCAUACGAGGACCGGGAGUUCAGCCUCCUUGCUCCUCGUCUCACUCACAUGGCUCGACUCGCAAAGGAGCUGCUGGAGAAGGAGAAGGAUGGCACCACCAACUCCUUGAACCUUGUCCUUGAUGUGUGGAUGGACAUUCUCGUCUACGCUAGCAACAAGUGCAGCAGGGAAUCUCAUGCCCAGAAGCUCAACAGUGGUGGCGAGCUGACCACCAUCGUGUGGCUUAUGGCAGAAUACAUCUACCAAGCAUCGGUUGCCCAGAGAGAUGAUGUAGUAUAAUUCAAUCAAGUCAUGCCUGUAAGCAUGUUAACAUCAUGUGUAAGGAAAGUGGACGCAACUUGCUCGCGUCGUCCUUAGGGGAUCGAGCGGCAUGGGCGAUACCCUGCCACUGCCAUCCAUGUCCCCAUCCUCCUCCCUCGGUCCCUUCGCCGCCACCUGAGGAGGCCACCAAGCCAAGCUCACUCGGUUAACAGUGGUAGCUCAGGCUGGUUCUCUCCCACCGUGAGGUGGCGGCCCUAAUCGUCGUGGCUCAGGCUGCAUGGUGGUGAUUACUGAAGAGGCGGCUCUGGAGCAGAUCAAUUUGGUGGUGGUGCUCCUCUCCAGUUUAGUGCAGGUAAGUGGAUAAUGUAGUGAGUAGUCCCAGGGUCGAGGUCGGUUGUAGCUGGGCUUCUGACCCAGGGGUCAACAAGCACAACUUGGCAUUGACUAGGUGGCUGCAAUGGCGGAUCCUACGUCCAUCAUCCUUC